CGACGCUUUCCAAGUAUCGAGAGUGGGGCGCAGCAGCAGCAACUGCAGCAGCGGCCAUAGAAAAGAGAGGCAGAGCAGGAGGCGGCGGUGGCGGGCGGCGGCGGGCGCGGUGACAAGUGAGAUCCCAGCGCCCGGGCAGCCCGACAGGCUGGGGGGCGCAGCCAGGGGCGUCGCUGUUGUCCCAGACCUCCCCAUGCACGGUGGCGAGAGCGCAGCGUCAAGACAGGGGAGAAGGCAGACCCGUCUCUCUGCGCGCCGCGGGCAAAGCAGGUGCUGUAUCCAGAGGUAUGGAUCUCCGACUGUGGCUGUUUACUUUGGCACUGGUGUCUGUGAGCGAUUCUUUUUCUAUGAAAGAGGAGAUUGGAUUGGACUGAAGAGAGGAGGAGAUGUGCAAACUGGAAGGAUCUGCUCUGUUGCAUAUAAACCAAGCCAAUGUAUAGCUCUCAAAAAGAAAGGAAUACCUGACCCUCCCAUUGCACUCAAUUGGACUUUGCUGAACACCAGCCCAACAGCUGUCUAUAUGGAUAUUGAAGUCACCUGGGCGGCACCACCCUUAGCAGAUGUUAAGACUGGAUGGAUCCCUCUCAAAUACCAGCUGCAGUAUAAAGAAGUCAGCGAGACAACAUGGAAUCAGCUGGAGCCAGAGCUCUUGACAACAAAACAUCAGUUGUAUUCUUUGAAGACUUGCCAUGAUUAUGAGAUACGGGUCCGAGCAGCACAAAAUACAUCUGAAAUCUAUGGGGAGUUCAGUGAAGUGCUUCAUGUGUCUUUUGGUGCUGUAGGCCUGUUGCCAUGUGGGGAGGCUCCAGCAGGAGGACCACAGAUCAUUAAGUGUAGAUCACCCGAAAUGGAAACAUUUUCAUGUUACUGGACUACUGGUGACUUUCCCCAUUUAACUGCUCCAGGAACAAUACAACUGCAGUUUUUGAAAAGGUAUAAGAAAAGGCACAGUGUAUGGAAAGAAUGUCCUGAUUAUGUAACUGCCGGCGAAAACAGCUGUUACUUCAACGAAACCUACACUUCCGUUUGGGUUCCUUAUUGUCUCAAGUUAGUCAGUGGAAAUCAGCUAUAUGAUGAAAAGUGUGUCCGUGUUGAAGACAUAGUGAUGCCUGACCCUCCUGUUGACCUCAAUUGGACUUUAAUGAACACAAGCCCAUCAGGUGUCUAUAAAGAUAUUUUAGUCACCUGGAAGCCACCACCUUCUGCAGAUGUUAGGAACGGAUGGGUUACUCUCAAAUACCAGCUACAGUACAAAGAAGUCAAUGAGACAAGAUGGAAUGAGCUGAAGUCAUGGAUCUCCGUAACAAAACUUCCACUCUAUUCUUUGAGGACAUGUCACGAUUAUGAGAUACGGGUCCGAGCAUCACGAAGUGCAUCUGAAACGUAUGGGGAGUUCAGUGACAUACUUUAUGUGCCUUUUGGUGGCGCAGGCCUGGUGCCCUGUGAGGAAGAGUCCCAGGUUCCUUGGCCUUGGUCUUUGGUGAUGUCUUUUGGAAUACUUGGCCUGAUGGUGAUGUUAUCUCUCAUCCUCUUUUCUAAACAGCAGAAGAUAAAGAUCCUGAUUCUUCCUCCAGUUCCCGUUCCCAAAAUUAAAGGGAUUGAUCCAGACCUCUUCAAGAAAGGAAAACUUGAUGAAGUCAAUUCCAUCUUAGCCAGUCAUGAUAGCUACAUGCCGCAGCUGUACGGAGAUGACUCUUGGGUGGAAUUCAUUGAGCUGGAUAUAGAUGAGGCAGAAGAGAGGACUGAAGGGUCCGACACUGAUCGGCUGCUGGGCAAUGACCACUUGAAGUCUCACAGUUGUCUUGGCAUGAGGGAUGACGAUUCGGGACGGGCCAGCUGCUGCGAACCAGAUAUCCCCGAGACCGAUUUCAGCGCAAGCGACACCUGUGACGGAAUCUCCGACAUCGAUCCGUCCAAAAAAGCAAACGAUAAGGAAGAGGAUCUCUUGUGCCUUGAUCCAAAAGACAAUGAGAAGUCGCUGCUGGGUCUUGAUGGCGCAGCUACUCAGCCACCAGCAGAUCAUCCAGCAGAAGACAAACAGCCCAAAGCACAUCUUUCCAGGAGCCUUGAGACGGCCGGCCCUCCUGUCCAAGCCCAGCUGAGCAACCAGAGCUCAGUGGCAAACAUUGACUUUUACACGCAGGUCAGCGACAUUACACCAGGAGGGAGCGUUGUACUUUUCCCAGGGCAAAAAAGUAAGAUGGGGAGGAUCCAGGGCAGCACUCGGAAAGAACCAGCUGCGCAGUGCCAAACAAACUUUGCCAUGGACAGUGCCUAUUUCUGUGAGUUGGAUGUGAAAAAAUGUGUCACUGUGAUGCCUCGUGAAGAGGCUGAGCCAGAAGUUCAAGAGAAGAGCUUUCCUGAGGGUGCUUACUUUGCCACAGAGUGUUUUACCACUAGUGCUGUGAACCCCACUACGGCACCGGCGGAAGAAAAACCGGAAGCUUCCGAGAUGCCCGUGGCAGACUAUACCUCCAUUCACAUAGUGCAGUCUCCGCAAGGCCUUGUGCUCAGUGCUACAGCUCUCCCUCUGCCAGACAAAGAAUUCAUGGCAUCGUGUGGUUAUGUGAGUGCAGACCAACUGAACAAAAUGCUGCCAUAGCUUUGUGCGACCCCCCAAACCCCCACAAUCCACACUGCCGUGGGGCCUUUCCUGACUUACUUCAGCAUUGUGGAAAGCUUCUCAUGUUUGCAGAGCAUUCCCCGACAUUUAAACGAAUGGGCAAGUCCAUGCUCAUGGAAGUGUACAUCAGAGCCCCUGCAUGCAAACUGCAGCCUUUGGAUUGGGGCAUAUUUAUAUUUAAAUGGCAUAGAGCUGGCUUGAGCGUGUAUGCUUAAACCAAAACAAAUGUUUUCAGUGUUUUCAAAGGCAGUGGGGUGCAGUCCUGUUCCCUUUUACCAGGGAUUUCAGAUCAACCACAGUAUUGCGGUCAUGUUUUGUAAAUAUUGCCUAUGAAAUGUUGCCGAGGUUGGUUUAGUGGCCGUGACUGUCUUUUGUUGUUGUAGGAGUCGAUUUGGAGGUCAUUCUUAACACAUUGGAUGACUACGUAAUGAGGCAUAAAUCAUCUUUAUUCAAAAAGCUAACAUCAGAUGGGGUGGGGUUGUUUUUUUGUUUUGGUAGUUUGAACAUUUUGCUGUUAAAUCAUACCACAUGCUGAGAUGUUUAUACUAGGAAUUGGAGAGUGAAACCUGGAAUAGGAAAGCAAAAAGCCGUUUGGAUAAACAAUACAUUUAUUUUGAUUUAUAUAAAAUAAACCUAUUUUACUACUUUAGACAAGCAGGCAUGGAUAUUUUAUAUUUACACUGCACACUGUAGUUUAAUUAUAAUGGCCCAUCUAUGGAAUGUAUCUGCUGCAGUCAUUGUAGCAAUUUAAGAGAGAUAUAUAUAUAAGAAAAAAAAUAUUUUUACAGAACAUUUUUUAUACCUCCACAAAAGCUACAGAGAACUGAUGAUGUAGAGUUGCUAUACUACUUUAUUGGGCCCAUUUGUUUGUUAAAGUACUAUUCAUACACAUGUGUUCUGUAGCAAACUACAGUGUGCACAAAACAGAUCCCAAGGGUAUUCACACAUGCAGCCUAAUCCGGCCUAGGGCAGCCCAGCCUGGGUUAGGCUACGUGUGUGAAGCGCCAGGAGCAAGAUGGCUCCCCACGCUGCACCCACGGCAAGCCCCACUUCCAAACGUGGCGUUUAGCUGAGGUUGAGCGAACCUGCGGUUCACUGAACCUCAGCUGGCAAUGUCUGGGCAAUCGCCACCAGGUUAAACAGCCUCCUACCUCCCCCGGCCGGCCUCCAUUUUCCGGCAGUGAGCCAGGGGGAAGGACUGGAGUGGCCACACAGAGCUCAGCAGCUGCUCUAACAAGAGCAGCUGCCAUGCUCAUCCGCAGGCACCCUGGGAUAUGGCGUGGGGGAGUCCUUCCACUCCCAACGUCUCCCUUCACCCACCACUGCUCCUGUGGGCACAUGGCGCGGUGGAGGGGAGGACAGCAGCUGUCCGUCUGCCGGGGAAAGCAGCAGUCCCCGCCACCCGCCCGCCCACCUAUGGUGAGGUUGUGUGCACAGCCUCACGCUCUGUCACCAGAUUCUUUUUCCUAGCAAACCAACACCACACACUUUGUAUAGCAGUAAACCCUAAAAUGGGUUUGAAUUUUUCAGGGCACUUCAGGAACACAAUUCCACUUUUAUGAGACGUUUUGAAUUACGCAAGCAUAAGUGCUGGUGACUUCACACUGUUCUUCGCAUCAGAUUUUGAUGUCCGUUACUCAGAAAACUACUAAGGAAUUCAGUACUCAAUGCUGACUUAAAGGAAGCUGAGUCAAGAUUUCACGUUUUGUUAAAGUUCAGAUUCUGAAGCCAAUGAACUUGCAGAACUCAGAACAGUAUUGUUAACAAUGCAUUUUUUUUUCAUAUUCUAUACAUGUAAGCUGUAGGGAGGCUUUGAAGAAGUAGUACAGCUGAAGCUUUAUUUACUUUGAUCACUUUCUCUCAAGGUAUGCCUUAAUAUACUUCAAUCUCAAAUUUUGUUUACACAGUCAAGGGUUAUUCAACAACCCGUUUAAACAUGCCUGCUUGGCUUAUUUUCUCCACCCAGUGCCUCCUUGUUGCUGUUCACUGCUUGAAAAAAGCAAUGAGCCGCCUUGUCCACCCCACAUGGGAACACAGGAAGCUGCCUUAUACCAAGUCAGACCAUUGGUCCAUCUAGCUCAGUAUAGCCUACCCUAGCUGACUAUGGCUCUCCAAGGUUAUAGGCAGGAGAGUCUGUCCCAGCCCUACCUGGAGAUGCCAGGGAGCUGAACCCAGGACAUUCUGCAUGCAGGCAGAUAAUAUACCACUGAGCUAUGGCCUCAUACCCUAAAGGGAAUCUCUGACAACAGACAGCACUCACCUGUAGUCACCCAUCCAAAUGCAAACCAGGGUGGACCCUGCUUAGCAAGGGGACAAUUCAUGCUCUCUGUUGCAAGAUCUGCUCUCCUCACAAGCCCUAGCCCCACCCCUGAGCUGGAGUCAACUCUAACUAACACAUGUGCAUGUGCGCGCGCAUGCACGCACACAUACACACACACCUGCCUUCCUCACCAGCCCCCCCCACACACACACACACCCCUCACCACUCGGCAUUCUGGAGUGCCCCAUCACUGCUUCCACACUGGUGAGCCAGCACGGAGCAUGCAUCCAGCAGUGGCAGCAGUAGCAUCUCCUUUGCCAGCUGGCCUCUUCUCGCUGCUGCAGUGUUGUGCCAGCAGCCGUGCGACACUCUCUUUAUUCCUCUCUCCUCUCCAGCACCCAACUUGUUGGUGCUGGAGGAGAGAGAGCUGGGAGAGUGCUGGUAUUUGCACAGCAUCACAGCAGUGGUGACAGGCCAGCCAGCAAAGGAGAUGUUGCCACUGCAGAUGGCAUUCUCCACACUGCUACAGUGGCACAUUCCAAAGGGCCGGUGGCAAGGGCGAAGAGGGUGGUGUGUGGGCCAAUGAGUCAGGGGGUGGGCCAGCCUCUGAGAUUGGGAGUGGGGCCAGUGAUGGGGCCAGCAGGAAAAGCCCAUCUUCAGGCCCAUAUUGUCUUACCUGGAAUGCAGGGCUGCACUCACCCUGUGAGGCAGUCGCCUCACCUUGUCUCAUAGGGGAGCCACCUCUGGGCAGAUGGCAAGACCAGGUUGGGCCCGAGGACACCCAUACCUGGAUCUUGGCCUGGCGUUUCUCCAGUGGAAGGUCCCUGAAGUCUGAGGCUACUCAGACGAUUGCCCUGUGCGGGUGGGGAAGGCACAGAGGGAAGGCUGCCUUCACCUCCCCUUGCCCCCAGAUGACCAAGCGCUUGGUCCUCCUGCACGCCCACAUGGGCAGCCCUCCUCUGUGCAGCUCCAUGGAGCAUGGGGCAGGCUGGAGGGAUCCCUCCAUGCAAUGUACGGCACCCCCUCAGAUGGGCACUCUAUGCGCCCGUGUCUGUGACUCUUUUGGCUGCACACAGCCCAAGGAAUCACACAAUUCCCAGUAGCCAGGAUAAGGCUGCAAGAGCACCCUUCACCUUGGCUGACAGCCAGGUUGAUUAAGGGGGUUAGGCAGGCAGGGAGCGGAGGGGGUCUGCGAGGAUCCCGCUGCUUCCCAUGACCAGCCUAACCCUGCUUGGGCCCGGCCCAGCCCAGGCAGGGUUAGGUUGGUCGUGAGAACAGCUUCGGUGAGUUCAGCUGGGAGCCGAAGACCCCAUUCAAGCCCUGGAAUCCCCAGCAGUAGGUACACACAGCUGUGUGGGGAAACAUUGCUGUGAACCAGGGCGCCAGCCAGAAACAACUGCAGCUGUUCACUCCGUCGAGGUGGCUGGCAAAAAGGCAGCCGCAUUCAUCCACAUGACUGCUGGCUGUAUUCGUGCACACUCAUGUGUAGCUGCAUAUGCAGCAGGGUGGAGAAAAUUAGCAGGACUUGCAUAUGUGAACUAGCUUUACGGUUGAAAGGGAUUUAAAUCUGCAUGGCGAAUCAGUGAUUAACAGGGGUCUUUCUCUAUACUGUUGUUUCCUUAGGAGAGGAGCAGAUCGUCAGUCUUUCUGACUGUCUGAAAAGCUGUGACAGUACUGGCUGUGGUGUCGGUGCCUGCCUGGACAUGUUUUUACAUGGGCUGGUGGCCUGUAGAAAGAAUUGGGGGGGGGAUGCAAACCUGAACCCCAUUUCACCGAUUGCCAGUGCUUGCCUUAGGCGACAAUCUAGAUCCCAGUUAAUGAAGGAGAAGUCCCACUGAACUGCAUGAGAUUCACUGCUAAAGAAACGUGCUUGGGAUCACAGUGUUCAAGCAAGAGCGUGGCUACAUAUUACACUCACCAUAUGAAAAGAUAAGCUCUGGUUAUUUAGAAUUUUGAAAGCAAUCCCGUGUGCCCACAUGGCCCAAGCUGUGCAGCAUACUGGAGGCCGGGAAAAUGUAUCCUGGCCUCCAGAUAUCCCACAAUGCAUCACACGAUGAGCACAGUGCAUUGGGCAAUUCCUCCAUGAGUCAGGUGCUCUAGGCACCCGGCUCUGUGUCUGUUUGGGCUGCGUGCAGCCUAACCAUACACACCACCGCGUAUCUGAAGGUCAGGUUAAGUUCCUGGGCUACCUGGUGAGGCAGCGCCAGGAUGGGCCUUGAUCCUAGCGCUUCGCACAAACAACCCUACUACCCAGGUAGGACUGCUUGUGUGAAAAGCCUCUAGAAGUAGCAGAAGGAACUACCCAGUAGCAUCUUCUUCCCUCUGAACAGCCAGAACUUGGCUAUUUUUCAUGUGGUGAAUGAAUGAAACAUAUAGCCAGGCUGUAUGUGACCCUGUCAAAAGUAACAGCCUGAACCUCAGGUAGAGCUGCUUCACGAAAGCAGGUGACCAGAAGCUCAAGCAGUGACCUGAAGUGAUGCGCAGGGGUCCAUGCCCCUGGGAGUCACUGCACAGGUGAACAAACCUGAAGCAAAGUUGUUUGAUUCAAGACAAUUGUGAAUUUUUUUUUAAAAAAAUCCUAGCAUCCUAGAUCCUGUAAGCAAGCUUUGAAAAGGCAAUCCAAUCUCAGUUGGAAACUGUCAUGCUUAAGCAUUUUUGAAGAAAGAAUGUAGCUCAGAAGCAAAUUGUGAUUUACUUCAAAAAAAUCAACAUUUCUGAUGUUCUUGCUAUCUUAAAGCUAUUUUUUAAACAGCAAAUAUAAGCAAGGAUGUUGCCUUCUCAGUGCUUGGAACUGGGAAGUUCUGUGUUUGACUUGUACUUUUAAGGUGAUGUUUAUUAGAGACUUUGUUAUGACUUGUCGUUACAUUUCCCCCCUAACAGCUGCUUUCUUUAGUUUUAGGCACAAAUGGUAUUAAAGCUAUGUAAGUAUGUCUUAAGGGCAAGUGGGCCCUUAUGCUACAUCUCUGUUGACAAGAGUGUUUCUGUCACCAAAAACUAGUUAAAUACCUCAAUCUCAGAAUGUCAUUUUGGUACUUUGCUGGUUCCACAAGCCAUCAUACCCCAGUAGGAAGAUUUGUGUCUUUCUGUCCAUAUAUUUAACUUGCCUUACGUCAGUGUUGUUGUUUCCUCUCGAAGUUUAAUAAAUUUAUUUUCUUUGAUCCA